UUUUUUUAACUUGUGUGAUCUGGUCAACAAUGACAUUCAAGUUUGGACAGUGGUAGUAUAAAAAGAAAACCAAUUAUAUAAUGAAACAUAAGCAAGAAGAAGUGCGCAAAGAUUACUAUUAUUAUUAUUAUAAUAUCUGAAAAGAAGAGAUAAACAUUGUUCUUAGCUUAGGCAAGCUAUCUAUCUUGAAAAUAUCAAUGGAAGGUGAUAAGUGGCAGCAGUGUGAUGAAGAUGCAACUCUGAAUAUUCCUUUGGUAGCAGAACAUGAAGAAAGACAAAUUCCUGGUAGCGGUCACGACAACAAUAUUGUCACGACAUCUUUUCUUAAAACAUGUUUCAAUGGCCUCAAUGCUUUAUCAGGUGUUGGAAUACUAUCAGUUCCAUAUGCAUUGGCCUCAGGAGGAUGGUUAAGUUUAUCACUUUUAAUUUCGAUUGCGGCAGUAGCGUUUUACUCGGGUUUAUUAAUGAAAAGAUGCAUGGAAAAAAAUCCGAAUAUUCGAACAUAUCCUGAUAUUGGUGAAGUUGCAUUUGGAAAAACAGGAAGAUUAAUAGUAUCAGUAUCAAUGUAUACAGAACUAUACUUGGUUUCGAUAGGGUUCUUGAUUCUCGAGGGCGACAAUUUGAGUAACUUAUUACCGAUCGAAGAGUUUCGAGUGGUUGGUUUAUCCAUCGGCGCAAAGCAGUUCUUUGUGAUAUUGGUUGCUCUAAUUAUUUUGCCGACGGUUUGGUUGGAUAAUCUGAGUUUGCUUUCUUAUGUAUCUGCAAGUGGUGUCUUUGCUUCUGCUAUUAUCAUUUUGUCAAUAUCAUGGACUGCAGCAUUUGAUGGAGUUGGUUUUCAUCAAAAGGGUGAUAUUGUGAAUUGGAAUGGAAUCCCUUCUGCUGUUAGCUUGUAUGCUUUUUGCUAUUGUGCACAUCCAGUUUUCCCUACUCUAUACAAUUCCAUGAGGAACAAACAUCAAUUCUCAAAUGUCCUAAUGGUAUGCUUUAUAUUAACCACAGCUGGUUAUGCAUCAAUGGCUAUAAUUGGUUACUUAAUGUUUGGUUCAAAUGUUGAAUCACAAGUAACAUUAAACUUACCACUAAAUAAAUUAAGUUCAAAAAUUGCAAUAUACACAACCUUGGUGAAUCCAAUAGCAAAGUUUGCUUUGAUGGCAACACCAAUUACAAAUGCUUUGAAAGAUUUAUUUCCAACAACAUACAAGAAUAAUAGAGUGACCAACAUCUUUGUGAGCACUGUCCUUGUCAUUACCAAUGUUAUUGUUGCAUUGAGUAUUCCAUUCUUUGGUUCUCUUAUGUCAUUGGUUGGAGCAUUUCUAAGUGUCACUGCUUCUAUUUUGCUUCCUUGUUUGUGUUACUUGAAGAUUUCUGGCACUUAUAGGAAUUUUGGGGUUGAGACUGUGACAAUAGUGAUGAUAAUAGUAGUAGCUAUAGUAAUGGGAAUAUCUGGGACAUAUACUUCAGUUGUUGAAAUAGUGCAAAACUUGUAAUAGGUAAUGUACUAUGUUGUGGUCCAUUCUCAUUUUCCUGAUGUAUCAAUUAUACUUGAUUCUGGCCUAUUUUGAUUUUGGUUGGAAAAAUUAUAUUUAUUUAUAUAUUAGAUUAAUGUUGGCUUAUUA